UUCUGCGCGGAAAGCGGGCUGAAGAAGAGAGGUUCAGCGGGGAAAAGCCGCAGGUCUCCAUGGGGCACUUGGCUCCAGCUGGCCGCAGGGGUGCCGGCGGUGCUGCUGCAGGAUCGCGCUGCGCUGUCCCUGUCGGCACACUCGCCAUAAACCCGCUGCCCGGCCAGGGAGCCGAUAACAGCGGGGCUGAAGUCCAACGCCGGCAGCUCCUGGGGGGCACAUUCCAGCCCGGGGCUCACAGUGUGGCCUCUUGCAGCUGUUUUACCGUCGCGGUGACCGGCAUGGCUGAAGGCGGGCAGGCGAUGCUGGCCCUCCUGGUGCUGCUGAUCAGAGCCGUCCUCCCCAGUGGAUCCGUGGUCGUCAACAGCUGCGGCAGCGUGACUGAGCAGCUCUGCAACUUUGUCUGUGACUGCAGCGACUGCUCAGAUGAGAACCAGUGUGGGUAUCUACGGGGCUCAGCAGUGCUGGGCAUCCCCUUCACCUGUGACUUUGAGGACAGUGACUGUGGCUGGCAGGACGUGGGCACCUCGAUGUAUGGAUGGGUGCGAGGCCGGGCCAGCCUGGCCACAUGGGGCAUGUGGCCUCAUUCAGACCACACCAUAGGCACGGACCUGGGUUGGUUCUUGGUGACCAUGUCUCCCCCAGCAAAGACCACAGCCACAGCCUGGCUCAGGUCACCGGAGAUGCGGGAAGCAGCUGCCACAUGUGAGAUCAGAACCUGGUAUCACCUCUCAGGGAGCUGUGAGAGCAUCCAAGGGCUGAACCAGACAGAGCGGCCGGUGCUGCGCCUGGCUGUAGCACACAAGGAUGAGGUGGUGGAGCUUUGGCAGAGCCCUGAGCGCAGCAGUGAGGGCUGGCACCAGCUGGUUGCCUACCCCGGCCGCAUCAUGGAGCAUUUCCAGCUCAUCUUCUCCCUGACGCAACCACCCACCUGUGGGGCAGAGGUGGCACUUGAUGACAUCAUGUUCAGGAACUGUGGCUUACCAGAGGUCGGGCAGCAGGCCUGUGGGGCCCAGGCGAGCCGCUGCCACCGUGGCUCCUGCCUGGAGCAGCAGCGUUUCUGUGACGGCACCGACGACUGCGGGGACGGCUCGGACGAGGGCACGGCGCAGUGCAAGAACUUCACCCACUGCUCCUUUGAGUAUGAUCUCUGUGACUGGGAGGCAGCGGCUGGGCCACCAGUGUGGGGCAGGAACACGAGCCUGAACCUGGGCAUCUCCUACAGCAUUCCCACUCGAGACCACAGCAACAACAGCAGGGCUGGUUUUUUCCUCCAUGUGAGCAGUGACCCCACUGGUGGCACAGCUCAGCUCAGCAGCCCCACCUUCCAAGCCACCAGCUCCUGUUCUCUCGUGCUGUACUGCCACCUCCAUGGCUCAGCCACCAGCAACCUCAGCAUCUCCUAUUUGACCAACUCUACCAAGCACCUGAUGAGGGAAAGGACAGGAGACCUGGGCAACUUCUGGGUCCGGGAGAGAGUGGACUUCAAUGUGACAGAUGCCUUCAAGGUGCUGAUCGAGGGGGUGGCUGGCAGCGGGGGGACCGUGGCUAUCGAUGACCUGAUCCUGUCUCAGGGCUGUGUGAAGGAGAAGGAGAAACUUCUGGUCACACUGCCAAGCCAGGCAGGUGCCAGCCCCUGUGCAGCAGACGAGGUGGCCUGUGACAGUGGGGACUGCAUUGCCGCAGAGCUGGCCUGUGACUUCGCUGACACGUGCGCUGAUGGCUCCGACGAGAAGCACUGUGGGACAACAACCUUCGAGUCAGGGGCUGGGGGCUGGCACGACGUCAGUGUGGGGCGGCUGCGCUGGGGUCUGCAGAAGGUCACUGAAUCUGACAUCUUCCUCAUAGGGACUUUCCUGGCCCUCCAGACAGGAGAAGGACAGAUGGUGGGUCCUGCGAAGGCACGAUCGCCUCCUCUGGGCCCCUCUGGCCCUGCCUGCACCAUGGAGAUGAGCUACCACAUCCACAGUGACCCCCAAGGCUUCCUUGCCAUCAGUGUCGCAGAUCACACCACUGGCACCUCCCAACUGGUCUGGCAGACACAAGGUCGUGGCAGAACAACUGGGGGUCAUGUCCGUGUCCCUCUGGGAGAGAGAAGCCGGCCCUUUCAGGUCGAGCUGCUGGCACUGGUAGAUCUCCAGGGCUCAGCGAGUGUCAGUGUUGACAACGUGACAUUCAAGCAAUGCUACCUUGAUGUGGUGUCACCCACAGCUGCGGAGCUGUCCUGCAACUUUGAGAGGGGCAUGUGUGGAUGGUACCAGGAUUUAUCCAGUGACUUCAAAUGGGUCCACAGCACAGGGCAGGGACAGGGCUCCGACCACACCACUGGGUCAGGCUACUUCUUGUCUGUGGACUCCUCUGUGCCAUGGAGCCAUGGGCAGCGGGCCCAGCUCCUCACUUCCCGCCAGGAGCCAGCUACGGCCCCACACUGUCUCUCCUUCUGGUACCGCCUGGCCGGCCCACAAAUUGGUACCCUGAACCUCAAGCUGUGGCCAGAGGGAGGGGAGGAGGUGAUGCUGUGGACCCGCCGAGGAACCCAGGGCAGCCUCUGGCACCGAGCAUGGGCAACACUUCCCUCCACGGGCCAGCAGCGGUACCAGGUGAUGACCAGGCCCCCCGUGCCCCUGGCACCAGCAAGACACAGGGUGUCUGACACCACUGCCUGGGGGCAGGUGGCUUUCGAGGUGCUGCAUGACGGUUUCCUGGGGGACGUGGGGCUGGACGACAUCACACACACAGCGGGACCCUGUGGGGCCAAGCUCUCCUGCUCCUUCGAGGUGGAGAGCUGUGGGCUGACAGCCAGUGGAGAGGGCACCUGGCAGCGCCAGAGCAACGGCACUGGCACCACCGCUGGCCCUGUGGCCGACCAUACCACCGGCACCUCAGCAGGCCAUUACAUGGUGGUGAACACGGGCAGGGUCUCCCUGCCUGCUGGGCACACAGCUGCCCUCACCUCCCAGCCCUACCAGCCCUCCGUGUCUGUCCAGUGCCUGGCUUUCUGGUACCAGCUGAGCGCUGGAACCCCAGGCUCCCUCAGGGUGUUUGUGGAGCAGAGCAGAGUGAGGAGGAAGGUUCUGAGCAUGAGCACCAUGGAAGGGAGCAACUGGCACCGCAGCCAUGUCACUGUCCAGCCCAAUGGUGAAUGGCAGGUGGUGUUUGAGGCAGUGGGAGCUGGGGGUGAUCACGGAUACAUCGCACUGGAUGACCUGCACGUGUCAGAGGGAGCCUGUCCCAAGCCAGCAUCCUGUGACUUCGAGCAGGACACUUGUGGCUGGAGCAGCCCCUCAGACCCCCGCUUGCACAGCUUUGCCUGGGGCUGGAAGAGUGGGAUCACCCUGGCCAAGUACCCUGGCCCUGAGCAGGAUCACACCCUGGGUACAAGGAAUGGUCACUACAUGCACUUCGACACCAGCGUGUUGGGUGCCAGGGGCACCAGUGCCCUGCUGGAGAGCCCACCCCUGCCUGCAGCCACCGACUCCUGCCUGCGCUUCUGGUACCACAUGGACAUCCCGGAGCACCUCUGCAGUGGGGAGUUGCGGGUGACGCUGCAGGGCGCAGCGGGGCAGCGCACGGUGUGGAGCGUGGCGGGGCACCGCAGCCGGGGCUGGCAGGGCGCCGUGGUGCCGGUGCAGAGCCCCACUGAGUUCCAGAUCAGCUUUGAGAUCACCACACGGAGGUGGCCGAUGGAGGGGACAGUGGCACUGGAUGACAUCAUGUACAGCACCAGGGUGGGCUGCCAUUCCAGUCCAGAGAGUCCAGUGGAAGAGAAGCCCUCCGGCAGUUUUGGCAGUUUCGUGGCGGAGGUGGUGCUAGGUGUGCUCCUGGCCCUUGUCAUCGUGGCGCUGAUGGCUGCUUGGGGCUGGUACUGGCUGAAACAGCGAAGGCUGGCAAGCAGGACACCGAUAGAGAGCAACAGUUCCCAGGGCUUCGACAACAUCACCUUCCGAGAUGACAAGGUCAUUAUAUCUCCAAGGGAGGGGGAUCAGUCUUGAAAUUAGCAGCCAGCAGCAGGAAUUGCCUACUCCCCCCAGGGCAGACCACCCCUCGACAGGAACCCACACUCCAUCAGCUGCCUGCUCUCUGCCCCCGGCACGGGGGAAGCUGGCGACCUGGGGAGCCUGCCCUGCCCAGGGACACGCCACUGUCAUCGCUACCUCCAGUGUUUCUGUUGUUUGUAACAUGAACUUUUUGCUUCCAAAACACA